GGGCCAGAACUCUGGAAUUGUUCCAAUUGCUGGACAUUUCAGUUAUCGGUAUGCUGCAAAUUGGAGACAAUGUGGAUUUUAGAGAGGACCCAAAAUAUUAUUAAUCCAAUUAACAGGCAUUCAUUGUGUUUGAAGUAAAAUGUUGAUUUAUUAAGAAGUAUGUAAACCUUACUUUUAAAUUAGUUAUCGACACUUAUUCCAAUAAUAAUAAGCCAGGUGAUGGACAGAGAUAAGAAUUGUUUGAGGAACCUUCCCAUUUGCCAUAGAGGUGAAAAGGAGUGCAGAGGGAUGAUUUAAUUUCCACUAUCUACUUAUCUACUUCAACUAUGUACUUAUUUUAAAGGUGGCAGGCUAAGGAAAUUCCUAAGUGCCCAAUGGUAAUAGUUAUAAAAUUAAAUAAAGAAAGCCAGUUUAUAUGGACAGAGCAAAUUGUAUAAUUAUCCAGCCUCCUUUCCUACCAAUUUGUAGCAAAAAAAGAAAGGGGAAAGAUAAUUUUAAUUCUUAAUUGAACUCAAUCUAUACUUUCUAUUUGUUUGUCUUAUGGGAACAAAAUAUUUAAUUUAUCAUUAAUUAUUAGGUACUUAUCAUAGAUCAUUUGUAUCAUAUACAGUUUGAUCUUAGUGCACUACCUUAUGAUCUUGAUCUAUGUAUUAAAUAACUUUCCCUCCACAAACAAGCCCUGGAUGAUGUAUUUUCUGCCAUAAUUAAAAAUAUAGUUAAAAAGAAGCACAACUUUAUAAAACAGCAAUAGCACUUAAAUAUUUAUCGCUCCAUAGAGUUUUACAGCAGUCUUAGCAGUUCACAGUGUCAGCAUAUUGCCCCCAACAAUCUGGGUCUUUAUUUUACCAACCUUAGAAGGAUACAAGGCUGAGUCAACCUUGAGCCCAUCAGGAUUGAACUCUAGACUGGACAGAGUUAGCCUGCAAUACAGCAUUCUAAGCAUUGCACCUUAUAAGAGACAAGCAUUAUGAAACCAAUCAUUAAAUAAAAAACUUGAGUUAAAAAUGUAAAAAAAUGGUAUAGGAAAAAAUGCACAGGUAAUCCUAGACUUAUGACCACAAUUGAGAAUGUAAAACUCAUCAUUAAUUAAUGUAAUUAAAUGUGACAUCACAUAAUUGCAGUUUAUAACUUCCCCUGCUGGCUUUCCCAUUGACUUGUUAGAAGCUGGCUGGGAAGGAUGCAAAUGACAAUUACAUGACUCGGGAACACUGGAUGGAAAAAGCAUUAUAUCCCACUGUUAAAAACACAACGCUGUGAGAAAUGAUGAGUAGACUUCUUGGAAAGAUUGUGUCUAUUUCUGGCCAGGAUUCACAUAUAUAAGUGAAUUGGAAGCUGUGUUUCAGGACAAAUGAUGGUUUUAAAAAAUGUUUGAAAGGAGCAAAUUAUGCACAUAAUUGCUACAUAAUCCACAUGAGUUUUAAAGUUUUCCAUUGACAGAUACAGCAACCCAGUUUAGGUCUCUGUUAAGUGGCCCUCUUGAAAGGUCUUAGAGAAAUGUCUCAAAUGUGGCUCUCACACCAGGCUUAGUCUUGUGGGAAUUUCUCCUCCUUGGUCUGGUUCUCUUCUUCCCAGGCUACAGAUUGGAAGUUACAUGACCCAGGGCAAAGCAGGGGUGUUUCCUACUUUCCUUUUUGCUUGGCUGACUCAUAGCCUGGGUCUUCUGUCUUUAUUGCUUUUGAUUUGCUUUUGCAAUCAGGCAACUCACCGAUCCUGCCAUUUACACCAUGCAGUCCUCCUUGUCCUUUCUGGUUGUCUUCUUGAAACUUCAUGUCACAGGCGCUUUCCAGAUACGUUUAUCUGGAGGUCCUAACCUUUGUGUGGGACGGGUAGAGAUUCUCCACAAAGAUGAAUGGGGGACCGUGUGUGAUGAUGAUUGGGACCUGCGUGAUGUUGCUGUUGUGUGCCGAGAAUUAAACUGUGGGGAAGCCCUUUCAGCACCUCAUGGAGCCUGGUUUGGUGAAGGAGUUGGUUCUAUCUGGCUCAAUGAAGUACACUGUGCAGGUACUGAGAGGCACCUGCUUUCCUGCCAUCACCGUGGCUUUCGCAAGCAUAUCUGCACUCAUGAGGAAGAUGCCAGUGCUAUCUGCUCAGAACAACGUUUCCCUCUUUUCACUGCCAUUCCUGCCCACACGUCUUUCAAGAAGGGCAAAAUGGAGGCAGUAACAACCACAAGGCCACUUGUAUCGCCUACACCUACUGAAGAAACUCUAAGACUUGUGGGCGGCAGAAAUCAGUGUUCUGGCCGGCUAGAGAUAUUUCAUGAAGGGCAGUGGGGGACAGUAUGUGAUGAUAUGUGGGACCUUCUGGAUGUUACUGUCAUAUGCCGAGAGCUGGACUGUGGGGAGGCUCUGGCAGCACCAGGUGGUGCUUUCUUUGGUGAGGGGAACAGUGUCAUCUGGCUGGAUGAUGUGCAGUGCCAAGGAGAAGAGUCAAAGUUGGCAGACUGCCACACCAGUCCCUGGGGGACAAACAACUGCCGACACAAUGAAGAUGCUGGGGUUGUAUGUUCAGGUGCAAUGUCCCUUGCCAUGAUAGAAGAGCAUACAGCCAUGCUUACAAAGACCUUAGCUCCUCAGAGAUCCUGGUCUGUUACACCAAACCAAAUUCCAAAUCCUAUUCAGAUUAUAAGAAAGCAGGAAGAAACUUUGACUAGUCAAGAACCAACAGAUGAUAUUCUCAAAGGAGAUGUUUCAGAAAGUGGCCAGCAGCUACUGCGGCUUGUAGAUGGCCCUGAAUCCUGUGCUGGACGGGUAGAGGUGUUGUACAAAGGCCAGUGGGGCACAGUGUGUGAUGAUGGCUGGGACUUGGUGGAUGCAGCUGUUGUAUGCCGUGAGUUGGACUGUGGAGCUCCACUUCUUAGUCCAGGCAAUGCUCGAUAUGGACCAGGAUCUGGACCUAUCUGGUUGGAUGAUGUCAACUGCACUGGGAGAGAGUUUACUAUAAAGCACUGUCAUUCUAAGCCUUGGGGGAAGCAUAACUGCAAUCAUCAUGAAGAUGCUUCUGUCAUCUGCACAGGCAAGUGGAAACGUCUGUUGUUCCAAAAACCAAUUGGUAGUUCAAAGGCAACUGAAUUACCAAUCUCUAUCACAUCUGAGCCAGUAUCUCCAAGCAAUUCAGAGCUCCAAAAUGUGAUGGAUGUAGCAGAGAUUACCACAAAUAUUCAGGAAUUUCCAGACAAGUCAAACAUAAAGUCUCUCAAUCAAUCAUACACUGAGGAUCCUUUUUUAAAAACACCAAGUGUUAAAAUUGAACAGGAAAAUGAGACAAAGCCAAUAAAUCCUUCAGAUAUUGUUGAAUCAACACUUAGUCCAAAUAUAUUGCAGCACACGCAGGCAAAAAAUUCAUACAAGUUCCCUAAAACAAGAUUGUCCACACGCAAAUGGAAAAAAGAGUCAAUUUCUUCCACAGAAAAUUUUCAGCCAUCCUCCAUCACAUGGGAUACAGAAUCUAAAAGAGAAAUAAGAUCAACAACUCCUGGAUUUGUAGAUAAAACAAUAUAUAAUUCAGAGAAUCCACAGCAUGUUCAGGAGAUGGAACCAGCUAUUUCUUCAAAGAUCAUGUCAUCAUUUCAAAAUAGGAGGGAAAUGCCCAUUUCACAAUCCAUAGAAUUUAAAUCAUUAUCCAUGUGGGAUAUUGAAUCAGACAGAGAAAGGCCAUCAGGAGCAGGACCACCUCCAUUUGCACAAUCAUUUAACUCUGCCCCUGAGAGACUGCCUUCCACAUAUUGGGAUAGCAAUGCUGAAGUGUCUCCACUUACAAAGAACAUAGAAUUCAAUGAUAUCUUCAAUGAAAAUCAGGAUAUCACCACUGCCACAUGGAUUCAGGUGCCUGAGAAAGUUAUAAGCACAUCUGAUAUGAGGAAUGAAUUGUUUGAAUUAUCAAAUAGUUUUGAAGUCACAAAAGAGGUGGAACUGCCUAUAACUACAAAGAAUUUGCAAUCUGAAAAGCGCAUUGAAACAACCACACCCAAAGUCAUAGAUUAUGAAGAGAAAUCAAAUCAUGAAAAACAGGAGGAAUCAAAUAUAGAUCCCCAUCCUGUGGAACCCUCAGGCCUGACCAAAACAUCAGAUGCAAAUGUCUUAUCUGCCAAACCUGUCACCUAUUCUGAACACUGUGAAUCAUCCCCAGACUGUCUUAUAAAGCAAGAACAAAGUAAAGCAGAUCAAAGAUGUUGCUGUUCACCACAAGCCCUGAGGAACUUGGUUCAUACAAUGAAAGGUCUCCAUGGGGAACUAGGUUCUGUCUCUGUUGCCAUUAAGAAUCAAGGUUCCCAGCUGGAGGCUGUAGCUCACAAUCUGGCUGAGUUGUCAGCUUCUAUACGUCUUCUGGUUGCAAUAUUGCCCUCUCUGGUACAGCCUGGCUCAUCCCAAUCCUUCUUAUCUCCAUCUGGGCAAGUUGAAAGUCAACUGGAAAAUCAACUACCCCUGAAGUGAAAUAGGUAUGAUUUUUUUGUAAUGCAAAAUAUUGAUUUUCGUGUCACCAAGAUGCAGAGAGACAAAAAGGCUACUUAGUGAAACUGUGUCAUAAGAUGACAAAGAUCAACAUGUGCAAAUUUUACAAUACUAAAUGUCACAAUCAGAAAUUGUCAUAAUUCCUAUGUCAGAAAUACAAAAUCAAAUGCAACUGAAUAUUAGAGUGCACUAAGAGAAGUUGUCAGAUGAAUUUUUAAGUAAUUGUGGUGAGCGAUUCAUUUAUUAUAUUAUUCGCUGAUUAAAACUGGGUUUUAAAUGGCAGAGUCAAAUAUAAGUUAAACCUGGAUACUCCCCAUUCAUCUGCUAUGUAGAUUGGCAAUUAUUCUCUGCAUAAAGUAGCUGUACUUUGUGUAAUUUAAUUUCUGUGCUUUUUGUAAACAUCCAUAAUGGGGUAGAAUGAGAAAAGUCAAGAGCCAAGAAAAGAAUAAUUCCCAGUAGUAAUAUAGCUGCUUUUUCAGUCCAAAAUAAUCUACUAGUAAUCCUUGGAGAGUAGAUCGUUCCAGAUGGGCUGACUAAACCAGUUAUGUUAUUUAUAGUAAUAUUUUAUUUUAAUUCUAUUUGCAACACAGUUGAAGUGCUUUGCUUUUUUAAAGUUGUAAUUUUAUUAAAGAUUAAAAUAUACAACAAUCCAAACUACUACAAAUUAAAAAAGAAAAGAAAAAGAAAAAAGAUGCAAAGAAGAAAAAAGAACAAUAAUAUAAUAAAGAAAAAGAAAAUAAAUAUAUAAAGUUGCUUUUUCUUUCAUCUCAACAAAUAUAAACAACUUCAGUAACAUUACUUUAUCUUAAAACACAACAAAUGAUUUCUUCCCAUAUUUCCAUUUCUUAUCCAUAAACAAAUUCAUGAAACUUCAUCAUUUUAGUCAUUAGAAUAGAACAGAAUUUAGUCAGUAAAAUUUCAUUAAAUAUCAGAUAUAACAACACAUCUAUUUUAACAAUCAAAUAAACCGAUUUUAUACUCCUUCCUUUUACUACUAACAAUUCUAACUUAGACUUUGGGGGAAGAAAUGGCAAAGUGAAAACAAUUCUAUGAAAGAUUGGGUUUCAUAAUUGCUCUCUGGAUAAGGACAGGACUUGAGAUCACUUACAUAUGGGCAACAGAAAGCUGCUUCCAGUGAGGAGACCUCAAGACUGUUUUGAGUUUAAAGUUCUGGGAGAAAGAGAAUAACCAUCUUGCUCAAACUGUGAUUGUCACCUUUAAAAAGACAUUUGGUUCACAUGCUUCCUCUUCUAAUUAUUUUUAGAAAUUGGUUGUUAACUGCUUUUCUGCUAUUAGAGACCUUUGGAUUAAUAUGUUUAUGGGUGAGUUUCCUUCAAUUCUUAGUAAAGAAGAAUUUACUAAGUUUAAGUUUAAGAACUUAUUUUUCCCCUAAAACAGCAAAAGGCUUUUAAAAAGUUACAAAUGGACUAAGCAUCCAGUUAAAUUUAAAAUAAGAAUUUGGAAUAAAUUAUAAAAGUCCUUCCUGUGGGAAAAUGCUUUUUUUUAAAAUUCUUUUAAAAUAUGUAAAAUAAGACUUUAAAAAUUGGACAUAAAAAGAAACUAGAAAGAACUAAAGAUUACAAUUAAAGGAGAACAACACUCAAACUUCACUUAUUAAAACAGAACGAAGCAAUGAUAUUUUUGAACAAUGGACCCAGAAGUUAAUUUUAAAAGAUGUUAUUUCACUUCAAUAAAAAAAAUGAAAAAGAAAAGGAUGGAAGAGGAACAAGUAUUAGCUGACAUGAAUGAGACUGGUUUGAAAGUGGAUUUAAAAAUGAGGGGCUACAGGAAUGACAUGAUGUUACAUUGAGCAUACAAAAGAAAUCAGCUAAUUCCUUGAUUUGUUACUUGUAUAUUCCUUUUAAUUAUUAAGAGAAUGAUCUAGGUAAUUUCCCCAUAUUAAAUUUAUAAAGGAGACUUGUUAAAGCUUGCAAAAAAUUUGUAAGAAGGGCAAAGAAAAAAUGAAAACAAAUCAAGGAUAUUUUUUUGAAGAUUUUAUUUCUAGUCUUUCAUAAGCUUUGUAUCCUUCAACUACAGAAACAGAAAUGAGAAUCCAAAUAUUUUAGUUAUUGCAAACUAGGUAUUAUACACGUGUCGUUUCCACAGAAUAUCUGACAAUGGUUUUCUAAUUAGUGUUAACUAGUAAAUAUUUUCCAUGCAAGAAGUUACUUGAAUUAUUAAUGAAUUAUUAAUAUUUUUUCUUCUUUAAGCAAAUUGGAGCUUUAUUUAAAGCUAUGAAUUGUUACAUAAUAUCAGUAAAAAAAUAGUUUUUACUAACUUGCUUACAAUUUAAUUGAGACAGGUAGAAAUGGCCUAUAAAAGCAGUCCAAUUGUUGUCUAAUCUAAUAGCUAUCAUUCUCCAAAGACUGAAUAAUGUAUUCCUUCUUUUUGUGACACUUUAAAAAGCACUAAUAAAGAUGCCACCUUGAUUUUUUCCUAUUUGUCAUAUUUCUUAUUGAUCAAUAUAUCUACACAUGCCACUCCAUGAAAACUGAAA